CUAAAAUCCUCUCAAAUUUAAUCGCAAGGGUAAAUUGACCUGGCCAUUUGCAUUGGCUUUCUCUCUUGAAAGAAGCAGAGGUGGAUCUCUUGAGUCGUUGACCGCCAUGGAUUAUCUCCUCUUUUCUUUAUUUGUUAUCGGAAUUAAUCUCAUGUUCGUUAAUUCUACCACUGACCAACGCCCGUUGAUUGUUCCUCUCCAUCUCUCAUUACAUAACUCUAUUGUUCACCGGCAACUUGAUGAUCUUCGCCGUCACCUGCAGCAAUCGCACCUACCAAACGCUCGCAUGCGACUAUACGAUGAUCUCUUGACUAAUGGUUAUUAUACGACACACCUAAAUAUUGGGACGCCGCCGCAGAAGUUCGCCCUUAUUGUGGAUACUGGGAGCACUGUUACUUAUGUUCCUUGCUCCAACUGUCAACGGUGUGGCAAGCAUCAGGACCCAAGGUUCCAACCCAAAUUGUCUAGCACCUAUAAAUCAUUAAAAUGCAAUCCUGAUUGUAAUUGUGACAACGAUGGAAAGAAUUGCAUAUACGAAAGACGUUAUGCCGAGAUGAGUUCCAGCAGUGGUGUGCUUGCGGAAGAUAUUAUUUCUUUCGGAAAUGACAGUGAACUUGCACCUCAGUCUGCUGUUUUUGGUUGUGAAAUUGUGGAAACAGGUGAUCUUUAUAGCCAACGUGCUGAUGGCAUAAUGGGUUUGGGUCGUGGUCGGCUUAGUGUUGUGGAUCAACUUGUUGAAAAGGGUUCUAUUAGUGACUCAUUUUCAUUAUGCUAUGGUGGGAUGGAUGUGGGUGGGGGUGCAAUGAUUCUUGGUGGGAUCUCUCCUCCUCGUGAUAUGGUAUUUGCUCAUUCAGACCCUUUCCGCAGUCCAUAUUACAACAUUGCACUUGAGGAAAUACAUGUAGCUGGAAAGCCAUUGAAAUUAAGCCGAAAGAUAUUUGAUGGAAGGCAUGGAACUGUCUUGGAUAGCGGAACUACAUAUGCCUACCUUCCACAACAAGCUUUUUCUGCAUUCAAGGAAGCUAUCAUGAAGGAAAUCCAUUCUCUGAAACCAGUCGUUGGCCCUGAUCCAAAUUUUGAAGAUAUUUGUUUUUCUGGCGCUGGAAGGGAUGUCUCUCAGUUAUCAAAAGUCUUUCCAAAGGUGGAUAUGGUAUUCAGCAAUGGACAGAAGUUUUCCUUGUCCCCAGAGAACUACUUGUUCCGGCAUACAAAGGUUAGUGGUGCUUAUUGCCUGGGAAUUUUCAAAAAUGCUGAUGCAACUACUCUUUUAGGAGGAAUUGUUGUCCGUAAUACCCUCGUUACAUAUGAUCGGGCAGAUAAUAAGAUUGGGUUUUGGAAAACCAAUUGUUCAGAACUAUGGAGGAGACUGCAUUUUUCUAAUGUUCCUCCUCCUGGUCCUACUCCUACUCAUGCUCAUACUCCUGCUAAUGCUUCUGCUUCUGCUCCCACUCCUGCUCACAUCAGUAAUAAAAGUGUGGAAAUUCCUCCUUCACUGGCCCCAGAUGGAUUACCUCUGGGUGCUUAUCGAAUUGGGUUCAUAACAUUUGAAAUAUCAAUUAGCAUGAAAAACUCAUCCACAAGGCCCAACUUCACAGAACUUGCAGUGCUCAUUGCCCAUGAGUUGGAAGUUGAUGAUUCACAGGUUCAUUUGCUGAACAUCUCAUCGAGAGAAGAUGAUUACCUUGUUAGAUGGGGCAUCUAUCCAGCUGAAUCUUUGGAUUACAUUUCUAAUACCACGGCAUUGAGCAUAAUUCUGCAUUUAAGGGAGCAUCAUAUGCAGUUUCCUGAGAAAUUUGGAAGUUAUGAGCUAGUAAAAUGGAGCACUGAGCCUCAAGUCAAGCCUGUUGGAAGUGUUGCUCAGAGCCUUCACAUAUAUGGACUUUAUUCAGGCUGACUUAAAAUGCAACUUGCAAAAUAAUAGUUUUGAUGCAUAGGCUGAACUGAAAUCCAGACUUAUUUCAGCCAAUGGAUCACUUUCCUUUAGCUGGGGAGAGAUACCUAGUUUUCUUGUUUCUUCAUUCGCAAUGCUAGUUGUCAUGGUGGGAGUGAGUUAGAGAAAUGUUAGGCAAUUAUAGGUGUUUUGGUGGAUUGGGAUUGAUGAUUUGGUGCUGGGUUGGUCAGGCAAGGGUGUAGGAUUGUGUUCCACCCUGAAGAAAGAGAGGAAGUAAAACUUUUGGUUGUGUUGGUGCUAUUGGAGUGGCACCACAGUGGUGAUCUUUUUACUAAAUGGGUUUGUGGUAAUAAUUCUAAGUUCACUGCUGAAUUUGGAGAAACUGAUGCAAUCACAGAGGUUUCUGGUUACACUAUUACGUGUAACGUUAGGCUUGAUUAAGUUCUGUUUGUUUAUAUAUUUUUUGCUAAUUAUGAGCAUUGUCACAUCAUUCAAGCAGCAUCAUUUUAUUUAUAUAUUAAUGCCAUAUAUGACGAUACCUCAUUUGGGAUA